AAGCGAAUGCGCCGUGUGGCAAGUAGUGGUGGACCCUGAAUGAAAGCUAUGCUCUGGCCCAGAAACGGAACGCGUAAGGGGGAAGCACCCGCAACGCUCACCAUACAACCAACUUCUCGUCGGUGGUGGUGGUGAUGGUAGUCGUUGUGUGGCUGCCGUUGUGUUGUGUCGCCCAGUCCGUCCGUGCCAGUGGCCAGCGAGUUGUGCGAUUUUCCUUUCGAGCCGGAGCGGAGCGGAACAAGAAGCGUGAAGAAAACCCCCUGUAAAAUUCAGUUUCCGCUGUGUCAGCGCGCUAUUGACAGCAGACGGCGUCCAUUCAUCCGCUCUCUCCCUGUGUCGUGUUGUGUCGUGCGUGAGCGAGUGUGUGCGUGAGCGUGAGAAAGCGUGCGCGAUUGCCCAAUAGAAGCAAGCCGUGUUCGGUGUGUGCGUACGUGUGCGUUUGUUUUGAGCUGAGCGCAGUAGCGCUGCGUCGUGUUUGACCUUUUGCGCCAAACCAAAAUCCAGCACCAGUCUUCCUGAUCGAAGCGGCGGGGGUGGAAAGAGAAGCCGUCCCGCCAGGCUGUUCCCAAUUCACGUUGCGGAAUCGGUUGUAGUGGGCCCAGCUCGUACGCUCUUGCGCUCGUUGGAACACUGGAACAUCCUUCUCCGCCGGUCCCCCGCUGUUGGUGCUGGAUGCAAAAAUUUAAAUAAAGCUUCAAAUACAUCGCUUCAAACGCAUCGUUUGCGCGUGGCUGUGUGGGUGCCGAUAAUCCAUCGGGCCCGAGGAUCUUGUCGGACGUUGUUGGUGGGGUUGCUGCAGCUACGUUCGCCGAUGAUCAAAUGAUUGUACGCGUUGAAUCUUGUGCUUGACCUCGACGUCGACAACGGCGGCGAUCCGAAGUGGACGACAUUCACCGGACAGCCCAGGCGCUAGUGGAUCGGGCUGGAACCAGUUUAGCGGUUUGGAUGAUAAGAGCCCCGAAUUAGAAGGUGCGCCGGUCAAACAUCUGCCAUCAGGUUAGCGAAAGGUCCACCGAAACCACCACCAAUGGGCCCCACGAUGACGCUGUCAUUAUAAUUCCUCGUUGUCCGGUACUUUGCUCCGGCUCCGGGACGAGCACCGGAAGGCGAGCAUAGCGAGCAGAACGGGGUGGGCGUGUGGGUGCGGUGCGACAAUCAGCUUUUUCGUUUCAUUUUCGUGUGUGUGUGUGUUUGUGUGUCGGUAAGUCGGUAAUAGUUGGACAGCUGCCUCAAAAGCGAACGCACACACGGACGACGCCCCGCCGCGUAUCACCAGCUCCUUUACCUGGCUCGGCCGUACCGCCAUGUCGGAAGGAUUUGGCAACGGCCAACAGGAAGGAGCAGCAGCAGCAGCAGCAGCAGCAGCGGCAGCGGCAGCAGCUGCCGCAGCAGGACAGCUAGUGGUGGACGACAACCUUCUCGGACACGGCGGUGGCGCUGGUGGUGCUGGUGGUGGUGGUGACGGUAACGAAUACCAGUGGGCGUACGGCACGAUCAUGGACUCGUCCCGCGUCUCGACCUGUCUCAUCUCGAUGCUGCUGAUCGUGUACGGCAGCUUCCGGAGCCUGAACAUGGAGCAGGAACAGAGGGAAAAGGAAAAGAAACGACAGAGCGAAAGCAUGAACAACCUACUGACCGGUGAACCGGUCCAGCAGGAACAGAACAAAUUUGCCACAUUGGACACGAUGCACGCGCUGUGCUUACCUCUCGGUGCAUCGAUCUCGCUGCUAGUGAUGUUUUUCUUCUUCGACUCAAUGCAGAUGCUGUUUGCGGUCUGCACAGCAAUAAUCGCCACCGUAGCCCUAGCCUUUCUGCUGCUCCCGAUGUGCCAGUACAUUAUCCGGCCGUGCACGGACGGCAAUCGGAUAUCGUUCGGCGUGUGUGGACGCUUCACGGCGGCGGAGCUGUUUAGCUUUUCGCUCGCCGUAUCGAUCGUGUGCAUUUGGGUGCUGACCGGGCACUGGCUGCUGAUGGACGCCAUGGGCAUGGGGCUGUGCGUCGCGUUCAUCGCAUUUGUGCGACUGCCGAGCCUGAAGGUGUCGACGCUACUGCUGACCGGGCUGCUCAUCUACGACGUGUUUUGGGUGUUCUUUUCCUCGUACAUCUUCAGCACGAACGUGAUGGUCAAGGUGGCGACCCGGCCGGCCGACAAUCCGGUCGGCAUUGUGGCGCGCAAGCUGAACCUGGGCGGCAUCGUGAAGGAACCGCCCAAGCUGAACCUGCCCGGCAAGCUGGUGUUUCCGAGCAUCCACAACAGCGGCCACUUUUCGAUGCUCGGUCUGGGCGAUAUCGUGAUGCCGGGGCUGCUGCUGUGCUUUGUGCUGCGCUACGACGCUUACAAAAAGUCCCAGUCCACCCAGACAGCAGAGGCCGGCGUCCCACCACCGAAAGGAGUUGGCUCGAAGCUUACUUAUUUUCAUUGUUCCUUAUUAGGUUACUUCCUUGGAUUGUUAACCGCGACUGUCAGUUCUGAAGUAUUCAAAGCGGCACAGCCUGCGCUGCUGUAUCUCGUACCGUUUACACUGCUACCUCUGCUUACGAUGGCAUAUCUGAAGGGUGAUCUGCGACGCAUGUGGAGUGAACCGUUCAUCAUCCAACAAGCUUCGAAGCAGCUAGAGGUAUAAACCACACUGAUCACAUGCUCUCC